AUUAUCGAAGUACAUCGAAUAUCGAACUGCGUCAUUUCAGCGCAUUUGUCAUUUGACUUUAUUGAACAAUUAAAUUAUAUUUAAUAAAUAAAUGUAACAAUGUCAGGACCAGUGUUACCUCCUAUUCCCGCUUCACUAAAAGGUAUUCAACAUUAUUUGAAAAUUGCAACGGAACAUGAUCAACGCGAUCCUGUUGUUAGUUAUUGGUGUCGUCUUUAUGCACUUCAAACUGGAUUGAAACUUUCAUCAAAAAGUAGUGAAGAAACAAAUUUUCUUAUGAAAUUAAUGGAUUGGUUGGAAGUGACAAAAAAAUCGUUACACGAUAAUGAAGCUAUAACUAAUAAUGUUGCUGCUCAAGCACAUUUAGAAAAUUGGGCAUUAAAAUUAUUUUUAUACGCUGAUAAAAGUGAUCGUGCUUCUAAUUUUGGAAAAAAUGUUAUUCAAAGUUUUUACACUGCUGGUCUUUUAUAUGAUGUAAUCACAACAUUUGGUGAUUUAACCGAAGAAGCUGCACAAAAUAGAAAAUAUGCAAAAUGGAAAGCUGCUUAUAUUCAUAAUUGUUUAAAAAAUGGUGAAACACCUGUCGCUGGUCCAAUUGGCGAGGAAGAAGACAGUGGAUCACAAUCUGUUGACAAUUUGGCUUCUAUCGAUGAUGAUAAUGAUACAGAAAAACAAAAUAUUGAACCGGAUCAAAAUUCUGAAGAAAAUAAUGAAAAUCAAGCUGAAGAAAAUAAUGCUGAAAAAGAACCUGAUGAAGCCGAAGAAAAUCAAACGGAAGAAUCUGGUGAAGCUGAAGAAAAUCAAACAGAAGAAUCUGGUGAAGCUGCUGAUGAACCUAAUGAGGAAGUUUCAGACACGGGAAUAUCAAGUCCACCACCAAAUACCGAUGCAUUUGGAUUUCCUUCAGUUCCAAGUAGUUCUAAUUCAAAUAUUUCACCUCCGAAGCCAUUGAAUAUUCCAUCAGAAAAUGAAAAUUUCAUUCCAGUUGAGCCUAAUCCUUACAAUCCAGCUCCUACGCCGACGAAUCCAAAUAAUGGACAACAAAGUUUUCAGAAUUUUAACAACCUAAAAACAGUGGGAGGUGUAACUCUCAGCGUGGAACAAAUGACAAAGGCUCAAAAGCUUAUAAAAUGGGCUGGCAGUGCCUUAAAUUAUGACGAUGUACCUACAACAGUUUUGAAUCUACAAAAGGCUCUUCACCUCCUGACCACCGGCCAAGAGAUGCCUUAAUUUUGUUAUUAACAAAAAAAAAACAAAAAAAAAAAAAAAUACACACAGUACCUAAAUGCUUUGAUCACUGCUUUCAAGGUAGCAAAAAUAUUGUUGCCAAUUUUAAUUACAUCUAUUUGAAAGCUUACAGCAGAAAAUAACAAAGUUCAAAAGCUUCUAGAGAUACUCUUUAUUUUUAAUUAACAAAAUUUCAAAAUAUAAAAAUAAAUUUUAAUUGUUUAAAAAUUCAAAUUAAUUUUAUAAUCAAAAUAUGUUUUUUUUUUUAAUUAAGGGAUGAGAUAGCGCAAAACUCUUUUGUAAAUAAUGUCGCAUAUAUUUAAGUUUAAAAAAAAAACUUGCCUAAAUGUUAGUGUGAAAUUAUUUAAAAAUAUGCAAUAAAUAUGCUAUUUUAUUUA